UGACCCUGGAGGCGCAUGCGUACUGACCGCUGUACUCGCAUGUUUUGUGUCCUCGGUGUCACAGCCGGAGUGUCACUUUUUAAUAUUUAUAUGUUUGUGUGUUUAUGUUUAUUUAUGUUAUGAAAUCCAACAUUUUGCGCGCGAGUAAAGUAAAAUGCUGCAGUUUCCUGCUACAUUACUGAGAGCUGCAGUGAAAACUCACCUGAGUUCAGGUGUGUUAAAGUGUGUGUGCAGGAAUGCGUGGGUCAAAACUGGAGGAUGGAAGACCAAGAAAAUACCUCAGAGAUACCUGGGACAGCCGAGUCCCUAUACACACCCUCACCUCAUGAAACACGGCGAGGUGACUCCCGGUGUGACUCAGACGGAGUAUGAGCUGCGUCGGCAGUGUCUGGCAUCCCUGAUCGAGUCCCGUGUACCCGACUCGUCCCACGUCCUCAUUAUCCUGUCUCACCCGGUGCGCUACAUGACUAACGACAUCCCGUACCCGUUCCACCAGAACCAGGACUUCCUGUAUCUGACGGGCAUGCUGGAGCCCGACUGCGCCCUCGUAAUGUAUGGCUCGCCCCGCCCUGACCGCACCCUGCUCUUCGUCCCACCCAGAAACCCCGCCCGGGAAUUAUGGGAUGGACCGAGGUCAGGGCGAGAUGGAGCUGCUGCUCUCACUGGCAUCCAGACCGUCCACAGCAUCGAGGAGCUUGGCUCUGUCCUCAGUGCCGUUAAAGGAUCUAUGGUGUGGUAUGACGGUUCUCAGCCGGUUCACCCUCGGCUCCAUCAGACCCACGUGCGCCCCCUGCUGGAGGAACAGAUGUCGGUUCGCCCCCUGCGGCCGCUCACUCACUCUCUCCGGGCGAUAAAGAGUCCCUCAGAGGUGGAGCUGAUGAAGCAGGCGGGACACAUCACCGCACAGGCUUUCAGGAAAACCAUGGCCAUGUGCCAAGGGGACAUCGACGAGGCACUAAUAUACGCUAAGUUUGAUUUCGAGUGUCGAGCACACGGUGCUAACUUUUUAGCGUAUCCUCCAGUGGUUGCCGGCGGAAACCGAGCGAACACGCUUCACUACAUCAACAACAACCAGAUUGUCAAGGAUGGAGAGAUGGUGUUGUUGGAUGGCGGUUGUGAAUAUUUUGGCUACGUCAGUGAUGUCACACGCACGUGGCCCGUGAGUGGAAAGUUCAGUGAGGUUCAGCGGUGUGUGUAUGAGGCCGUGUUGGAGGUACAGUCAGCAUGUUUGUCUCUGUGUGUUCCUGGAGUCAGUCUGGAUCAUAUUUACUCAUCCAUGCUCACACUGCUGGCCAAACAGCUGCUACAGCUCGGUGUGUUACCACACGACACGGACCACGCUGACGCUCUCAAGGCUGUGCGGCGUUACUGUCCCCAUCAUGUAGGUCAUUACCUGGGUAUGGACGUUCACGACACUCCUGAGUUGUCUCGCUCACAGCCCCUGCAGGCCGGUAUGGCCAUCACCAUCGAGCCUGGUCUGUACUUCAGUGAGGAUGACGAGUCGUGUCCACAGCACUUCCGUGGUCUCGGUGUGCGCAUAGAAGACGACGUGGUGAUCCGAGAACAAGGCGGCCCCCUGAUCCUGUCAGCACACACUCCAAAAUCAGUGUGUGAUGUGGAAAGAGUCUGUGCACAGUCGGAGGGAUAAAGGCCUGGUUCUGCAUUACUCUACUCACCUUUGUGUUUAGUACUCUUUGUGAAGUACCAUUGUCUCAGGAAGCUACAAGAGUGACGAGGUGAUGUUUAGGAUACAGCCGAGCACUGGAGACAUGUUGUAACCCCGUGUGCACCAUGAGCCCGUAUGUGUGUGUGUAAAAGUAUGACUGUGAAUUGCCUAUUCUGGUUGCGUUCUUCUCUGAAAGUGUUUUUUCCAGUCACAUUAAAAUUGUGAUUUUAAGAAAA